UCAACCACUGAGUAGGGGGGUUUCCACUGUAGUGGGGAAGUGGAGCGCAAUACGGAGGGAAAUAUUUACAGUGUCAUAUUCCAUCUCUGUGUGUGUGUGUGUUCCUGUGGUACACUGGCAGUGCGUGUCACUGUAUCGGUGUGUUUGGUAGCACUGAGCUCAUUGUACACUAGUCCAUCUCACAUGUCUGACUAGCUCCCGUUCUACUUAUGCCAGGAGGAAUUUACACAAAGCUUCAUAGCACAAUAUAAAAGCCCUCUGUGUCAGUAUGAAGGUGUUUGAGGUGGGAGACUCGGUGAGUCGGUUCAGGCUGGCUGAGUCUUGUGUGGGGCUGGCAGGGUGUCUCUGUGUGGCCUACUCUGUGUGGACCCCUCGCUGGCUCAAUGACAAGGGACUGUGGACUAAUGGCGACAACAGCACCAACACUGACCAGACCAGUGACAUUAUCUUUAACGCCCUGGAGGCAGAGCAAGUGUUUGGUGUGCUGUCUUUCUUUAUGGCUGUGAGUUCUGGGGCUCUGUGCCUGGUGUUCGCCCUCUGCUGGACGUCCCAGACGGUGCGCUCCUACUCCAACACCCGCUCUCUACUUAUGGCAGGCCAGGCCCUCUACCCCACUGUCCUGCUGCUCCUCAUUUUGGGACCCACAGGAUUUUUCUUCCUGCUCAGCUGGUCCCUCUUCACCUACCAGCACUGGGUGGAGAUCAACGACGACUUCACCUGCCUGGGCUCCUCCUAUUGGAUGGGCGCCCUGGGCUGGGCCCUGCUAUUGAUUGCUCUGCCCGUGGUCUUCCUGGUGGAGCAAUGUGUGGUCCCGGACAUCCUGACGGACCUCAUGAAGGCCAGCGAAGGGUGGCGGCGUGCCUCUGAGGUACCGCACACCAUACGCUCGUUCAGCGAAAGCCAUCAACAUUGUCAAGAAGACAAGAGUCAUGAAGACGUAGAGAGAAGGCUGAAGAUGUACAUGUCAGUGCCCUGAGAGGAGGAAUGGAAGACAGAGAAUUAGUGAAGCCUUUUCAGGCUCAGAGACUGAGCUGACUGCAGAACUGGACUGGACUGGACAUACAGCUGAUAGAUGUCCUGUUCACACUAGCAGCACCAGGGAGAGAAGCUUCUCGUGCCUGUCUGGAUCAGAGACUGACUGCUUCCCUGUAGGAGAACGCUCCCAGACGCACUCUCAGAAUGUGAUAUUUGACAAAAAUGCCAAUAGUGUUAUUGUCAGUCUUUGUAGUUGUUUGUUGCCAAGCAAGGUUUUCCUUCCUUAUAAAGGAAAUAUUUGUUACAGUAGUGCCCUCAUGUGGUGAGCAUUACUAAGGUUUGUAUGUUGAAAAAAACAAGUAUUCAACUAUAAAAAGAAUAAAUGGGGUCUGUUCAGAUGCAAAGGACCACUUCUUAUAGAAUUUAGAUGAAUUAGGCCUAAUGAUGUAAUAUAUUCACAAAGCGGUACAUUACAGUUAAACUAAUGAACAUUCAAAAUAGGCCUACAUCUCAUUUCAAUCUAAGUGUGACUUUGAAUAUCUUCAUAAGUUAAAUAAGUAUGUAAUACAUUCUUGAAGUUGUACAUUUUUAAAAAUGGAUUAAUAAAUU